AACUGCUUUGAAACCACAAACAUUUGGACCAGUUAUCGAUACAAGAAUUGGGAAUUGAACUUAAAAUGUCAAACUUGAAAGGCAAGAGAGAAGAAUAUCUUAGUGUGAAGGAUCUGCAGAAGGUUUUGGACUCAUGCAAACUGCAUCUUAGUCAAGUUGAUGAAGUCUGGCCGAACAUCUACAUAGGGAAUGUGGCAGUAGCCCAAAACAAGACUUCCUUGCAGAAAUUAGGUAUUACUCAUGUAUUAAACGCUGCUCACUCCAAGCGAGGCAGCAUAGGGAACCAAAGCUUUUAUGGCAACGACUUUGUAUAUUGUGGCAUUCCAGCAGAUGACUCGACGCACUUUGAUCUGGAUGUUUACUUCAACCCUGCUGCUGAUUUCAUUCAUAAAGCUCUGAAGACACAUGAUGGGAAAGUUCUGGUGCACUGCAUCAUGGGAAUGAGCAGGUCAUCGACCUUGGUGUUAGCGUACCUCAUGAUCUACCAUCAACUCCCGCUCAAGCGAGCUUUGCAGAAAUUGAUCCAAAAGAGAGCAAUCUACCCCAACCGGAAUUUCCUGGCUUUGCUGUUGGAUCUCGAUCUUCAGCUGACAAGAAAGGAGAAAACAUGUCAGAUCCUGUAAUCAACAAGAGUUUACACUUUCAGCCCCACAGAAGCAGCCCGGUGCCUAGGGAUAGGGAUGCCUGACUGAUUUCAGACUGAAAUAUAUGGAUUGUCAUGAAAUUUGUUUUAACUGUAUUAACAGUGAUAUAGCCUGUCACCUGGGAAAUCUGCAAACAUAACAUUGAACUACACCUGACUACAAUACUCUGCCCGAAGUGUUUACAUGGGCACAUAUUAACAUGCUUAAUGUCAGUGAAGGGAGUGAGUACAAUAUGUCUCAAUUAGCUGCAUUAGCUUCUCAAGGUACUGCUAUCAUGGUAAAGGACUUUCUAUUUCUAUUUUGCAGUUUUAUUUACAAAUACAGAAUGUCUUAACAAAAUGACAGUUGAAAAUCUAAUUGACCAGUGUGUGGAUUUAGUGAAAUAUAGAGCGUUAUUUGAAAUAUCUUCCACCCACCCUUCCACGUGAACGGCCCACUCUAGAGCCACAGCUUAGUUCUGGGCUUUUAUAGAAACAUGGCGGUGCAACAUGGCAGACUCUGUGGCGGGGAACACUGGCUUUGUUGAUACAGUAUGAAGGGCUGAUGCUAAUGAAAACACAGCAUUUGUUAUUAUUUUAGCUGUUUAUACACUUUUUGUAAAUGUAAUUACGAAUUAUGUUCCAUUUCCUCUAUCUAUUACACACUGGUCAUAAUGUAAGGCAAAGUGAAAAUACACAAAGACAAAUUCAUGCUAAUGAUAAGGAUUCUUUGUGACUAUAUUAUGUCUUUCAGUUACCUCUCAUUCUUGUAAGAUCUUUUUCUUCAGCACUUCACUUUGUGUUACGGCAGAAUGGACCAAAUGUCUUAUGGGAAAUGUUUUUUGUAAACUCUGUAAACGACUCAUUGUUCUGCAAUUCAACAUUCAAACUCGAAAUUGAAUCAGUCUACAGACCAACUUCUCAUUGUUCACAGUAUAAUAUUACUUUGUGUAUUUAUCAAGCUAUUUGAGCUGAUCAUCACACGGUUUCAAAUCCUUUGAAUCUCCAUGAACCAAUCCUUAGAAACAUUGGAAAACUCACUUACAAAAAGGUACACCGUGCAUCUGCUUUAUAGCAGUGGUUGCUACCUCCAAUUAUCUCUAAACCUCAAAAUACCACACACAUAUACGGCAUCGUUGUGUUGCUGAGUUGCACAUUUAAUUCCAAUAUAUAUGUUUUAGCUAUGGAUAUUCUAUGUGGGUACAAGUAAAUGUAUACAAUACUGUUAGGAUUUUUUGCA